UUCAAUUCAAAAUCCCGCCAAAACUGGUAAACAAAAAAACCGUACAGUUACAGUUAGGGCUCCAAUAAAAGUGCCAAAAUGUUCACUAGCGGCAUGUCCCCGGCAAAAACUCGCGGUCGCCCCUUCACCGUAAUAGUCGAGGGUAAUAUCGGCAGUGGCAAAACGACUUUUCUCAAUCAUUUCAAUCGGAAUGCGGAGGUGUGCGUGCUAGCGGAACCCAUUGAACUAUGGCGGAACUGCAAGGGGCAAAACCUAUUAGCCCUAAUGUACGAGGAUAUCAAGAGGUGGAGUUUCACUUUUCAGUCUUAUGUGCAAUUGACCAUGUUGGAGCAGCACACCAGGAAAACCUCUUGCCCGAUCAAGCUUAUGGAGAGGUCUAUUUACAGUGCUCGUUAUUGCUUCGUGGAGAAGAUGCUUCAGGACGGCUUAAUUCAUGGAGCCUCAGCUGCUGUUAUCGACCAACAAUUUCAGUGGAUCAGGAGUUAUGCUGAUGUGGAUGUAGAUUUAAUCGUGUAUCUAAGAACUACCCCGGAAGUUGUUUAUGAACGUAUGAUGCAACGCAAUAGGGCCGAAGAGAAGUCUGUUUCCUUUGAGUAUCUUAAGGCGCUACAUGAUAUACAUGAAGACUGGCUGUUCCAUAAGACUUUAUAUGAUUUACCCGCUCAGGUGGUUGUUUUAGAUGCCAAUUUGGAUAAAGAGGGUAUUAUUGAUGAAUAUCGGAAGUGCGAACCGCAUAUUUUAGAUAAGAUAAUGACUAAUGUAAAGGCGUGAUUGUUUAGGGACUUUAUUCAAGAUAUUUUAACUUAGUUAAGGUUUUUUGUAUGUUUAAGUACUUUUUUUAAUUCACGUGUUUAAAACACUACUUCCAAAGAUUUAAACAAAAUAUAGCAACUUAAUUUAUGUAUUAUUAAAAUUAGAGUAUUUAUUUGUAAGAGUGUUUUUUAUGAAAUACAAAUUUUUAUAUUUAAAA